UAAAACAAACUAUGGCGGCGGAUUUGGUAGCCGUUGAGGCAUGUUUUGUUUUCUGAUCGCGUAGAUUGCUUAAAGAAUUUUCUGAGUUUUUGGAUAAAACUCAAGUUUUCCCAUGCUGGAUCCUAUGCUUAUGAUUGAAUGUUGUUAUAAUGAAUCCAAAUAGACGAAGCAGGGACCCACCUUCAGGACAAGAUCAAGAAAACGCGCCUGACCAAGGUCUGUCGUCGAUAUGGAACUCUCUAGGUCGUCUCAGGGCAGAGCUUCGCAGGAUGGAGCAUCGCCUUGACAGCGCCGGUGAAGCUGGUCUUUCAAGCGGCAGCAGCGGCGGCUCCAUCAGCACCAACCUGUUCCCGUCACAGUUCCACUCCCACCGCCUGGGUGCCCCGGCUGGUGCCGUUAGCAUGCCUGGCAUCUCGGUGCCGUAUGAGCAGAGCCAAGAUGCAGCGAAAGUAUCGGCUCCCUUAAGUCCACACCACUCUGGAUCACGGCGGAAAGUUAGUCGCGCCUUGGAUGAAAUCAACUUUGAAAAUGGUGCAGUUGAGGUAGCGGGUACAUCAAAAAAGAUAGGCCACCGCGUGGAUCACACCUCAAGGACAUCGGCCCGUGCACGCGACCCCGUCCGUGUUGUAAAUCACGACCACCAUGGCCCCAGGGAGGAGAGUCCAAAGAGAGUUGACUUCUCCAAGACGCAUCAGCUUAGAGAGGUGAACUGGGAUGGUACCUAUCAAGACAGCUUGGCAUACCAGACAGAGUUCCCGGGCAACACCAACACCACCAACUCAACCAUCACCAACAGCAGGGACAUACGUGAGACGGACAUUCAUUUCCUCAACUUCGCCCACCACCCCACCUCGGCGGUGCUCACCUCCAACGUGAUACCCCCCAGCAGUCAUCUCGCCACCUCACCGCCUUUCGCCCCGCCGCCUUCUGCCUCGAACUCCAUUUCCAACUGUCAUUUAUUUCUCCCUCCCUCCUCCCCGGCCACCUCAUCCUCAUCUUUCACCUACACCUCCGUGUCGUCGUCCUCCACCUCCAACAACACAGACCCACCCUCUGACGUGCGGUGGUUAAACGCCACCACCACCACCAAGAAACCACCCAAAACUAAUUCGGUGCAGUCUGUGAAUCGCGUUGGACUUGCUGGGAAAUCCACAGCCUCGAAAAACCCGGGGCCAAAACUGACUCACGUUGAACUGCAGACAGUUGGGCCAGCUCGGGCGGGCCAUCAACAGACACACCCGGGCCAUCAACAGACACACCCAGGCCAUCAACAGACACACCCAGGCCAUCAGCAGACUCACCCAGGCCAUCAGCAGACUCACCCAGGCCACCAACAGACACAUCCGGCCGGGCCGUCGUUAACAGAACAGCGGCACCAAGAACUUUUCCAGGUGAGGAAACACGUGGAGGAGAAAUGGACGGGGAAAUCCCAGGAUAAGGCGACGAAAGACAGGACCAGAUCAAAGACUUUGGAGGAUCUAAAACGUGCCACUGCUAGUAUGGAUUCCAGACAAGCAGAGGAGGCACCCCCGGGUGGGGCAGAGGGGUACAGUAGGACAGACGUCAACAGCCCCAGACGACCAAGACCUGUAAAAAUGUCCAUCACAGCGGACUUAAAAGAAGACGAAAUUAUUCUAAAAUUAAAAGAAAGACUGAAGCACCAAAGGGUGCUAGCAUCCAUCUCUACAACUUCAGGAAGUAAUGACACAAGUUUGACAAACACCUCAGACAGUUCAUCUGCUCCACCACCUGCGCUCCCCCCUAGACACCCACUAACAAAUAAUGACUUGACGCCCAGACUUCCAGUGACCCGCAAAGUGGCAGCAUCACACCCCUCCCCAAGUUAUAAAGGUUUCUCUGAAGCCACUGGUGACCACACAGCCAACAAACAGACAACGAAGACAGCUGGUGCCAAGAAGAAGACAGGCGGGGCACUCAAGAAACCUGUUCUACAACCAAAGAAACACGACAUAGAAACUUUGAACCCACUGACAAAAACAACCCCACCACCUGCUGAGCGACCUAAAAAAGCUGCCAGGGUUGUUGCUGAGAAGAAAUCCUCAAAACCUGGGGCUAAAAAUAUAAUAACCACAUCCUCAUGGAGGGCUGGGCAGGAACUUGUGAUGAAAGAGCUGGGCAUGGUGCCAAAGGUCAGACCCAAAAGUUCCCAGAACCAGGGAGAUGAGCAGGAGACCCACAACAAAGCCAGCACAGAACCACGACAGAACAGGCAGCCGGAUGGGGCAGAGGCUGCCAACACCACCCACAUUGUCAGCGCUGGGGAUGGUAACUGCAACAGCAACGAGAUGGGAGAGCCUGUGGUCAACUCCAGGGUUUUGUCUGAGGAUGCUAAAAACAUGUUAAAUGACCUACAGUUAGGAGUGGCAGAUAGCAAUGUCAAAGUUAAAAGUCCAGUCCGUCCAGCUGUUAAGAGGAAAGCACCCAAAGAGCCAGAGAAACAACAGCCCUGUGAAAAAGCACGACACUAUGAUCAAGAAUCUGUGCGCAAGUUCAUUGCUGCGCAGAAAGCCAAUCGGUUAAAAAAGCAGAUGGAGGAGAAGAUGGCUAACAAAAGGGCCAAUGAGAAGAAGCAACAAGUGAUGCAUGAACUGGCUGAGAGACAGAAGAAACAAGCCAUGAGAUCUGCUGCAGUUGGCCGUGGUUGUUCUGAGGGGGAGAGAAAAAGGAGGAGGGACGGGCAGGGGGUUUUCAAGAGUAGCAAAGAUAAGCAUGAUGAGCAUGAUGAUGAGUCAACACUGACAGGUGAUUCUGGGGAUGAUUCCACACCUCUGGUCACUCCAAGAGACAUGGACGAUGAUGUAAACAAACAGAGGAAAAAGUCCAAAGACGUGAAUAUGGAAACUGAAACUUUGCCCCAGCAUUCAGCACUGAAUGUUACCAUGACGAUAGAGAGCCCCAACACAACCAGCAGCCCAUCUAACAAGUGCAUAGAGUUCAAAGGGCAGAGGUUAAACUUGGAUGUGGACUCUGUAUUGGACAGGUUCUCACAGGUUGUCAGCCAGAGAAGACAGCAGGAUGUAGAGCCCACCUUUGGGACGGCCAUAGUUAGACCCAGCAUGUCCAACCCCACAGAGUUCAGGUUCCAGGGCAGCAAUGUCUUUGCUGGAAGCUUCCAUGAGCCAGAGACAGCCUUCACUAUCAGCUCCACCAACUCUAUAGCCAGGACCAAUGAGGAGAGGAAGCAGGCCAUCAAAGCUACAGCCUUGACCUUGCAGAACAGAUUGGCAGAAGAAAGAAGAAAGCUUGAAGAAGUGAACUUGAAUGACAGCAGUCAACAGUCCAGAUCUGGCUCUGAUGUUGUUACACGUUACAACAGGAUAGCUGGCCAUCGCAAGGAUUACGCUGUGUUUACCUCCAAUCUUCCUGGAGCCCAGCCAGAGACCUCAGCCAGUGGGUUUAGAAGACGUGAACAGGAAAAUGAUGCGGCCACCAGAAUACAGGCGGCCUACAGGGGACAUAAUGUCAGGCAGGCCUUGAACUGGGAACUUCCUAGUGGCAACACCCUGGGCCAUGUCCUCAGGGGUGGUUCACAGGUAAAAACCAGUGCCCAUGACAGUGAAGAGGAAUCAACCGCGACAUCAACUUUCAGUGAGAUCACUGCCACAGAGGCCUCAGAUGGUGACAACAGUCACCUUCACCUCUCAGGAAAUAGAAGAAAUGACAGCUCCAAGCAUCAAAGGUAUGCAGGGUCAGGCAGGACAAAGCCCACUCCCGCCACGUACAAGCCCCCCUCAGAGUAUUCAUGGUCUGAGGUGAAGGCUGACCCCUACAGUGUCAUGAGUGUCUUCUCCAGACAGAGCAAGUAUCUGGCUGCUGGUUCCAGACAAGCAGACAUGCCCCAAAGGACAACAGUGACCUCCAACAUCAUCACCACUACCACCACCACAACCUCUAAAUCAGCACAUGCUGACAUCCUAACCAACCUGGACUUGACCUCUUUGAAGCAACCUGUGAUAACGUCCACUGAGCAAGUGAUGAUUGGUCAGACUUCCAGUGGACAGCCCAUCAUAGCCAAGGCUCGCUACACGCGGGUGGAAGCUACAGUAGAUGAGCAGAUACAGGACAACAGUGACUUGUCUGUGUCAGAUUCACCUAAACAUUCACAUCACAAAACUAAGACUUCACUGAUGGGGAAUGAAAUGGGCUCUAAAUCUGAACCAGUUUAUUCACUGAAUUAUGAGAGUGAUGAGUCUGUAACAGGCAAAGAUUCCAGCAAGAAAUCCAUCCAGCAGCGCUACGCUGGUCAGACAUCAGAUGCUGGUGUGGAGACGGACGUCUCACAGAUGAGUGAGGAGGAACCUAGGAUCUUAAGGUCAAAGUUGGAGACCCAGAACAUGGCACAUGACAGACCUUCUAACCGCGGGGCAGGGGACGGGAGGUUGUCCCCCAACUCUCUGGCCAACAAAUUCUCUGCCAGCCUGAACUACCUGGAGGGGAUGGAGGAGUCCCUGAGGCAGGUGGUGGGCAUGGAGAGGACAAGAGGGAUAGCACUGGCACAGCAGGAGAGUGUGACUCUAGCACAGGUGCUAAAGGCCAGACAACAGGAGCACAAUACUGAGCUACGACAUCUACAGCUGCAGGCCCAGAAAGAGGCAGUUGAAGCCACUCAUCAGUUGGGCAACUUGAGGAGCAAGCCAGGAGGUCGACCUUCCUCUUCAGUAGCCACAACAUCCCUACUGGAGAAAGAAGACAACCUCCGGCCUGAGUCAAGAUCAUCCAGAUCCAACAGACCAGACAAGGAUGACCUCUCCCUGUCACCUGGCAACCGUAGAAUCAAACGUUCCUCUGGCACUGCCUCUUUGGCAAGUCUGUCUAAAGUCAAUUCUACAUCAAGAACUUCCAGUGUAAAGACAGCUGAAGACUCUAGAAAUACUUCCAACAGCUCCAUCAGGACGGCAUCAGAUGCAGAGGCCCAAGACUCCCACUCUGGCAGUGUUCCAGAAGAAAUCAUGGGAGAAGAGUCCUACAGCAUGUCCUUUGAUGAGACGGACGAGGAGUCCUUCAGACAGGUCCUGCCCUCAGAGUCUCACCGUAAGGAACUGCGCAGACAGAGUGGGGAGUUCUCACAGAACCAUGACAGCUCCAGCCACCAGCUGACCCCCUUGAGUGACCUAAGCUCCCUGUUUGCUGGUGAGGACAGCUUCAACAAGUUCACUGUGGAGAUGGUCAGACAGAUCAUGAGGGAGGAAGAAUACAGGGCACAACACCAGGCUGCUCUCCUGAGUCUGAGAGAGAAGGCACUGCAUGAGAAAGCUAAGGCGGAGCUGGCUUGGCUGCAGCAACUCAAACAGAAGCCACUCAACAAGGGAGCGGAUGAUGUCUUCCCUAACCUGGAUAAAAAGGAAAAGAAGAUUCGACAGAAUCUACAACAGCAGCAGGCUGAGAUUCGUCGCCUCCAAGAGGCUAACAAGCUGGCCAGUAAAGAAAGACAAAUGCUGCUACAGCAACAUGAAGAGAUUGCCAAGAUCAAACAAAACACCCAUGCUACACUUCAAAAACUAAAGACAACUCCUGUAAAUGGACGGCUAGCAAGACCAACUGAAGUGCACACUGAAGAUGAGACGGAGCCUGUAUCAGAUGUGAGGGAUGAUGUGAAAGAUUCCAAGUCCGACUCUGAGAUGUACAAAGACAAGUCACCCAGCAAGCGAGCACAGGGGGAGAAGAAAAACAUGGAGAAACAACAGAUGAUGAGGCUAGAUCUCAAGUAUAUGACUGCCAGAGAACAGAAGCUCCAUGAGAGGAAGAAACAGGCCAAAGAACUCUUGGAGUGGAAGAAAAGGCUGGACGCUGAGGAGCAGAAAGUGUACAUGCUGGAGAAGAAGGCUAUUGAGGCUUGGGGGAGCAAGGAGAAGAAGAAAGAGGAGGUGGCCGUUAAAAAAGUGACCAAACUUGUCACACCAUCCAAGGGCGAUGAUUCUAAUGUUAUCUCCAACCGUAUUCUGUCCUCCAUCCACGAUGAGCUGGAUGGGGCAGCACUCAGAUCUCGGACAGUGCAGGGUUCCAUCUCUGAGGUCAUCUCGACCCAGCUGAGUAUGACGGAGACAGUGACAGAGGAAGACGUUAGACCCACAGAGGUGAAAACUAAUCAGGGAUCCCCUUUGGCCAGUGGCAGUGAGGGCUCCAUACCAGAGGAGGUGGUUAGUGGCACGAGAGAGGAGAAGCAGAAGGCUGAUGAGUCAGGGGACGACACCCUUGUUAACAGCCUGGCUAAUGAGGAGUACCCAGAUACCUUUGAGCAGGACGGCAUUUCCUCCAUGUCUAACCGCAGGAAGUCCCCAGUGGGCAGGCUGCUGCCCCAGGGUAACUCACCCCUCCCCUCACCCUGGUCACGCAAGACUGGAUCAGAAAGUGAAUCUGAGGACUCCAUCUCUCAUACAGAGACUUUGUCUGAUGCCAGUGAUUAUGAGGUCCGCAUCCGUCAACUCAGUGAUGAGCUACGUCGGCGCAGGAAAGAAGUUGAAAUCUUAAAGAAAGAGAGGUCUAGGCGGCAGAAAGAAAAGUUGAAGGCACAGGAAGAGGCUUUAAAGAAGCAGCUUGAUGCCUACAACAACUACAUCCAACAACUGAAGUUGGAGAAAGAUGAGUUGGAGCAUGAGCCCCAGUCAGCCAAGGCCGUGGUCAAGCCUCAGAUCAAACAGCCAAAGGGAGGUCACCAUGCCAAGACCAAACAAGGGACCAAAGUAGAGGAUGCCAGUAACUCGUCCAGUUUUGAGGAUGCCAGGGAAAGCUCGGAGUCCAACCAAACUAGUCCAGAUCUAAAAGUGUCUCCAACAGAUGAAAAGACCAAGAAGAAAGUGGCAGUGUCUUUGAUGGACAGAAUUUCUGAAGGCUCAGAGUCACAGUCUGACAAAUCUUCAGCUUCAGCCAAAGUCUCCAAGAAAGGUUCUGAUGCCUCUGAGAAAACCAACUCCUCCAGCGUGCAGGAAGUGAUUGAAGAGGUCUCCCAACAUGACACCAAUACCUCAGAGAAGACAAGCUCCGCAGGUUUGCAGGUCAAGGUCAAUGUGGAGGCAGUUCAGGACAAGGUCUCAGAGUCUCUGAAAGACGAAGAUGCUUCGUACUCGUUUGAUUUCUCCGACAUCCAUUCCAGUUUGGGCCAUAGCCACAGCAAGGUGCCACUGAGUGCCAGGAGCCAUGGCUCUGCCAGGCUCCCCACUGAGGGGGACAUCUCUGAGCAGAUAGAGGUGCAUGCCUCCACGGCAUCUGAGUCUUCCAAGAAGUCUGAGACCAAGGCAGCGCAAGACGAAGACGACCACGUCAAGACCCCACCAACUACAGGCAUUCAAGAAUCUGACAGUGACGAGACAGAAUCCCGCGUCAACUCAUACCAGCAUUCCUCCAAAUCUGACGUCAGCUCCCGUCCUUCAAGCGAGCGGUCAGUCGGCAGCAUGUCCUAUCCUGAAUACGAGGAGGAAGAGGACAUUAUGAGCUCAGGUUCAGAGAGGACGCCGGUGAAGUCAUCCCAGAAGCUGCCCAGUGUUUCUGGUGCCAUUUCUGUGAGAACUGAGGAAGAAAUCAGUGAGCACAUCUCAACCAGUCUUCCAUCAAUUUCAGACAAACAACGAAUUAUUACAGCUUCCUACCACCAAGAUCAAGAUAUCCUCAACAGCUUGUUGGGAAUGGAGGAGUCAGAGGAAGAGAAGAAUGAAGAUGAGGAUGACAAGACUCCAAUAGCCACCCCUAGAGAGAUGGCACAAACACCGGUACCCGAGGAGGAGGAGGAGAACGCAGCACUGCUCAUGACUGACCCCCUAGCUGACUUCCACCCAGGGGAUCGUGUCUUUGUGUGGGGGCGUAAGCCUGGCAUACUGAGGUACAAGGGCACGGUGCACUUUGCCCCAGGUAUCUGGGCUGGUAUUGAGCUGGACGCGGACGAUGGAGAAUCAGACGGCCAGCAUGAAGGGAAACGAUACUUCACCUGCCCGCUGAACCACGGAGUUAUGGUUCCUGGUAAUGACAUAACAGCUGAGCAGCCGGAGGUAGAUUUGAUCAACACCAUCACCGGCGAGAAAAGCCCAGAUGAGUCAGUGACAACAACAGACCUGGAAGAUUCCAACAUGGGAGACACCAUCCUUCCUGCAGCCGACGCCUCCAUGCUGCACUCUACCCCAGUAGGCUCCCCUUACCUGGGUCGCGCUGAGAGUGAGAAACCAACAGCAACACCCGUGAAGAAGGAUUUGACUCAGCUUGCUGACAACAUCACAGACCACCUGACCACAGCUAUAGUCCAGGACUCUAUCGCUGUGUUGGGACAAAUUGCCCAGAAGAAAACACCACCUGCCGUAUCCCCGAAACCUGCAAAGAAGGUUGACACUGACGUGAAGAAAUCUGAGGCAACCACUCUACCUGUGAUGUCUACUGCACCUGUGACAUCCACUGCACCUGUGGUUUCUACCACACCUCCCACAAUCACCACAUCUCCCACAAUCACCACACCUCCCACAUCCAAGACACCUCCCCCAUCCACAACACCAGUGAUAUCCACCACCCCACAGCAAGCCGACCAGGCUAAGAGAGUGAAGUGUGAUGCCACUGCUGACGACGUCAUGAAAUCUUUACUCAACGAGGCCAUAACAGAGAUGAUAAAGAUCAAGAAAAGGAAAGCUGCACCAACACAGCAGCACCACAUCAAUGGUGAUGCUGAUGACAGUGAGUCCUCAUUUGAAGAACACCAGGAGGAAGAGAAAAACCAGAACAAUGACUCAGGUCUCUCCCUGGAACCCAUACAGCGGCCAUGUUCACCAGUCCCAGACACUACAUCAGCCCUCGAUCGCAAGGCAUUGAAUGAUGAAAUGACAGAAUUAUUUGGUGAAUACAUUGAUGAUGAUCUUGGGUUUGAGCAGUCAACCAACUCCAUGAAACCCCCACCUCCUUACCCUGGUGGAGAUCAGAAACAAACCUUUGAUAAACCCCCACCUGAAGAGAUCCCAAUGGUUGUACCUGUCACCAAAGAGGAGAUCACUCCAAUCAUUACCAGAGCUGUGGACAUUUUCUGGACCAAUAGGAGGUACGGAGAGUCUCUGGAAGGCGUGGACCCACCCCCAGAUUUCCUUUCAGAUGAGGAGGAGACAUCCGACCCUUUGACCUUACAGAGCCGCAGAAGUUGGAAGCGGAUGCUGUUUGAUCUGGCAGGGGAAAUUAUUCGUGAUGUUUAUAAAAAUGAAGACAAGACUGAGCCACCACCAUGGCAUAAAGCCCAACACGCAACUCAGAAAUUUUUCAAGGGAGUUAACCCACCCACAACAUUAGAUGACUUAAAACCUGUGGUCCUGGGUGCUGUAUUCAAACACUUGGACAUCAAUGGGACGCGCAAAAACAUUGUCAUCAACAAAUGGAACAUUCGCAAGAAGAAAGAUCUGGUGGAUUCUGUGUUGAGCCAGGAGCUGGGGGAGGAGGAGAAGGGGUGGGUGGACUACAGGGACGACGAGCUGAAUCUAAAAAUGUCCUUGGCCGACUCCCUGUUUAACUCACUGCUGUCUGACACUGUGCACACUGUCAACGGCAUCUACCAAAGGCGGCAGAACCCAGAUGUGUGAGCACCUUGUCUUCUAUUGAAAAAUUUUUUUAGGAUAUAUUUCCAUUGUGUGAAUCUUCAAGUUGACAAGGAUGCAAAGACAACUUUUUAUCACUGCUGUGCUGUGAGCAUAAGACAACUGUUCUGUUGUGCUAUAAAUAAGACGUGUCUUUAGUAGGAAUUCUGGAAUCAUGUCAUGGAACCAUAAUGUGAACUCAAAGACUGGAUAUGAAUUGUUAAUUAGAGUGACGCCCAACUCUACGACACUAACUUGAGGCAGCCGACGUAGAAAUGUUAUGUUGAAAUAAAGAUCGUGCCUGAAGAACCAAUGACGUGAUGAAUAACUUGUUGACUGACAAGGCCACGGUGAAACUUGUCCAAAUAAAAUUUGUGCCAGAAGUUUUCUGCAUAUUUUUAUUUCGACCCCGCUGCGCUCUCACUGCGCCAACGACUGUGAUAGUAAUACUGACUUGUGUUACAGAUGGUAGAGGUCUCUACCUCAGUAGCUGAAUACUGUCUCAUAUCUUUUAUUUCUAUUGUAUAUCAUUACAUAGCAAUUGGAUCAUCUCAAGGAAUAGUUUUUACACUCAGAAAUACAAUACAUCUUAUCCA